UACAGUCUCGUAAAAACCUUUUGAAUAAAUUAACUUAUUGUACAGAAAGUGAGAAUUUAAAAUGAAAUUAUCAGUGAUCUUAGCCUUUGGAUUAUUAUCCGUUGUGUCUGCAUAUCCAUCAGCAUUGUAUUUUGACGAUGGACAACAAUUAGUUCGUUAUGUACGUGAUUUGUCAGGUUCAGCUGCAAAUGCCGGAGCCUCAACACAGACAUUAAACUCUGGAAUUGGAGGUAUUAGUGGAGGUGCUGCUACUGCUGGUGCUGCUACACAGACAUUGAGCUCAGGAUUAGGUGGUGUUAGUGGAAGUGCUGCUAAUGCAGGAGCAUCAACACAAACAUUAAGCUCAGGAUUAGGUGGUGUUAGUGGUAGUGCUGCUAAUGCUGGUGCAAGUACAACAUCAUUCAAUCAAGGAGGAUUCCCAGGUGGUUUUCCAGGUGCUUUCCCAGGUGCUUAUCCAGGUUUUGGAGGUUUUGGAGGAUCAACAGCUAAUGCUGGCGCUAGUUCUACAUCAUACAACCAAGGUGGUUUCCCAGGGGGCUUCGGAGGUUUUGGAGGUCCAGGAUUCGGGGGUUUCGGUCAAUCAGGAAGUGCUGCAAAUGCUGGUGCAAGUACUCAAUCAUUCACAGGAGGAUUCCCAGGUGGUUUUGGACAAUCAGGAAGUGCAGCUAAUGCCGGUGCAAGCACUCAAUCAUUCAAUCAAGGAUUCCCAGGCGGUUUUGGACAGUCGGGUAGCGCUGCAAAUGCUGCAGCUGGUACUACAUCAUUUACAGGUGGUGCCCCAGGAUUCGGUGCUUCAGGAAGUCAAGCUGGUGCUAGCGCUGGAACCCAAGCAAUCGCUGCCCAUUAAAUGAUCAGCUCUCAUCCAAUUUCUCACCUUAAACAAAUUUUUGAUUUUACAAAAAAGUCCUCAUUUUCUGUACUUAUUUUGCAAUAGAUUUUGAAAAAAUUAAUAAAUAUGAAAUUUUGUGAUUAAAA